AUGAAUGAAAAGGUGUCCAUAGAAAGAGUAAAUAAUCUUUUUCCGCAGAUUUGUAGUCAGUUCUUAGAUCCGCAGAUUUUUAGUCAGUUCUUAGAUCCCAUGAUUUGUAGUCAGUUUUUAGAUCCCCAGAUUUGUAGUCAGUUAUUUGAUCCACAGAUUUGUAGCCAGUUCUUUGAUCCACAGAUUUGUAGCCAGUUCUUAGAUCCGCAGAUUUUUAGUCAGUUCUUAGAUCCCAUGAUUUGUAGUCAGUUCUUAGAUCCGCAGAUUUGUAGUCAGUUAUUAGAUCCAAGAUUUAUUUGUAGCCAGUUCUUAGAUCCGCAGAUGUUUAGUCAGUUCUUAGAUCCACAGAUUUGUAGCCAGUUCUUAGAUCCGCAGAUGUUUAGUCAAUUCUUAGAUCCCCAGGUUUGUAGUCAGUUCUUAGAUCCGCAGAUGUUUAGUUAA